GAAGCGAUAGCGCCGUCUCGUUGUUCCCGUCUGCUUUAGGCAAGCGAAUUCUUUUACCAGUUUAUUUGCUGUCUGCGAUACACAUACAUGCUUCUCGCCGGGCCGCCUUGUACCCUCUCACACCUGCCGUACGUUGCACCGAUUCUUUUCUCUAGUUCCUUGUCACGACGUCUGAGCUCUCGGUUAGCACCUUUUCUCUUUAUCCUUCGUCUUUUGGGGUUCUCACGUUGACGUGACGGCGCCGCGACCUCGCACAGCGCCUUCUUCUCUCCCCCCUCUUUUGUGCGCCCGUGACAACACCGCCACGUCGUUUGUCACCGUCCUUUGUUUUUACUAGUUUUUACUAUAAAGGCUGAUAUUGUCGGUGACGAUCUUCAAUUUGAGUUAUAUAUAUAUAUAUAGGUUUUCUCUGGUGGUGAUUUGAUCGAGACGUCUCUCGCUGCGGCUAUCGUCCGCGCCACGAAUUCGCCGCCGCUGCGUGUGUUUGCUUCUGCUCCGGUUCUCCAAAUUCGUUUCUCACGCCUCGCCAUCACACAGCAGAGCGCCUGACUUUUCAAGAAGGGAUAUCACAGCGACCCACCUCUCGCGCUCUCCCUCCCUCCCCCUCACCAUAAAAACUCACGGAAAGACCUCAUAUCCGUACACGACCGCGAACGAGAAAACGAGAAAUACCCUCUCGAGGAAACGGGAAGGAAGGAAUCGAAACGAAAGCGGAGUCGCUGGAAAAGCGAACAGCUCUUCGGUUUGCUGCGGCCGCCUAUCAGCCGCUUCCCCGCCCCCCCCCCAAACUAUAUACUUGUUCUUUCUCCAUUUGUAGACAGCACAUUCAAAAACACACGUGCACACGAACACACAGGUUGGAAAGAAAAACGUUAUUUUGAUCGGAAAAAGAACAACGCUAGGUAAUAAAAAGAAACACCGCCACAGAGACGACGACACGACCCAGCGCCAUGCAGACUCCAGCGGCCACCACGUCGUCGCACAGCGACACUCGCAGCGGCGGUGUCGCCCCGGUGCCGCUGGCCAGCGGACACAAGGACAAGGCAUCCUCCUCGGUGGGGCCCCUCGCUCCGUCAAAGGCGCAGUCGCCGACGAGUAGCGAUGGCGCACCACCCUCACCGGCCGCCAUGCGCCACAUGAAUGCUGCCGUGCUGAACGGUGUCACCUACCCUUCCGCGAAGGCAGCCGCCAUUGCGAAGGAGGCCGUGGAAGCCGCGCAGCUGUACUACAACCUAUUUUUCCAGGCAAGCGAGGAGGCGUCUGCGUCUGCUGGUGGCGGCGGUGGGGCUGCACGAGACGGCCGUGCGGCCACGCAUCAACCACACUGCGGCUUUCCCACCACCACCAUCACCGCUGCCGCCGCCGCCGCUGUCCACUCUUCUCACUCGCCCACGCGCCAACGCGGCCUCGAGCAGGCUGGCGAGGACCACGCCCCCGCUCCGACAGCAACGGAGAAGACGAAGCUGCGCUGUGUUGUGCUGCCAGAAGACUCGCCGCCGUCGCCGCAUCGCAGCACCGCCGGUGCGGGGCGCCACCACAGCAGGGAGGCAAACAUGCGCUUCAGCCGCACCUCCAGCGUGAACAGCAACGAGGCGAGUCUGCUGAACGUGCAGACGCCCGUGAACGUGGUGGACACGACCUACCACACCUUCUUCCCACCCUUGCUCUCUCAGGUGAAGCGGGAGGCCAUCGUGGAGCGCAUUGUGGGACACCGGCCGCGGCCGUACCUUGCCUGGCAAUGGCGCAAGGCCGAGGACUACCACACCCUGCACGCUCAGAACGUGCACCACAACAACGCGUACCACGAGUACCCCUCUCACACCACCACCGUCACCAUUGCCGGCGUCGGAGGUAAGGUGGGCGUCGCAAGCCCUGUGGCCUCCGUCGCGAGCGCGAAGGCCACGCUGGAGACGCCGCUGUCCACCUCACCAUCGUCUCCCAUGAUGGGCCCGACGGCCCGGGUGGGGGACCUGAACGGCACCGGCACGACUGCCGAGGCCAACGCGGCGUCGCCUGUGCGCAGCGUCACGCCGACGCCGGCGAACUCGUUGCGUGCGACCACUGCCCCUUCCCUCAACGCCGCUGCUGCUGCUGCCGCCGCCCCCGGCACGGAGGAGGAGAAAGAGGUGGAGCCGGAGGAGUCUGGUGGCGUCUACCCGCUCCGCAGCGACAGCAGCAGCGCGGACGGCGGUGCCCCUGCGGCGGCGGCGAUGCCGAAGGUGUCCUCCUUCCUGCUGAAUGAGAUGCCUUUUGAGCUGAUGAGCCAGCUCUCCAUGUACACCAUCCCCACCUCGCAACAGGGGCCGGAGUACUUCAAGAAAACGGCCGAGGACGGGACGAAGACGCUUAUCAUUUUCAUGAUGGGCUUGCCAGCACGCGGCAAGACCUUUCUGGCGCAGAAGAUUUGCCGGCUGCUGGGCUGGCACGGGAGUCGGGCGAAGGUGCAGAACAUCCAGGUCGCAUGGCGCCGUGUGCUGCUGGACUGGGAGGCGACCCACGCAGACCGGCUCGCGACGGAGCAGCGGGACAAGGCCACCGAGGGCGAGACGAGCUGCGAGUGCUGCGGCCAUGAUGCAGCGGCCCCGGACGUCACCGCCGCCGUCAGCGCGCACGCCGCCGCCGCGAACUCCGCGCCUGCGACGGACGCCACGGCAGACGCGCGAGGGACGCGCCAGGAUUACUGCCGUGCACACGCGCUGUCGGGCCAGCGUCCGUCCCACUCCACCACCCAGGACGAGGUAUCGCGGGUGGUGCGUGACGUCGCAACUGGCCGGCUGUCGAGUGCACCGCUGCGUCGCCCUGCCGAGGGCGGCGGCCGGGCAGCACCGGCGAGUGCCCUUCCCUCCCCGUCUCCCGCGGGGAGGAGUUCCCCAGCGCCGCCGACGACCAAGCCCCUGCGAACGUCGAGUGGGACUUCGCCGGUGUGUCCUUCCAUGGAGCCGUACACGGUGGUCUCCCGCCAGGACCGCAGCUCGUCGCAGUCGCCGACCUCCUCGGUGGUCGCGUCGCCGACGGCCGCGCUGUCAGACUGCGCGAGCAACGUGGCGGUGGCCGGGUCGCCGCGGGAGGCCACCCUGCACUCGCACCCUGUGAGCCCGAUGUCGACUGGGGUGGCCGUCCCCGACGCGGCUGUCCUGGCCGAAGAGAACCCCAUUGCUGUCGCGGCCGCUGCUGUUGCUGCCGCUGCGGCGGAAGCCGACGCGGACGCGGCUGCUGACAGACCCACGAUGCCGGCGGAGGUGCUGCGCACGCGCCACUUCAAGGAGCUCAUCCAGAACCCCACCAGUGUGGCGCGCCGCAUGUACCGGUACGUGCUUCAAAGCUUCGCCGACGACUGCCGUCUCUUCUUCCAGCACGGUGGGGAGGUGGUGGUGAUCAACGACGACUUCGUGACGGAGGAGCUGCGGCAGGAGGCGGAGCGGCUCUUCCGCCCCCUCGCGGCUCAGUUCUUUUACAUGGAGGUCAUCCGCGACGUCGCCGAGGACCCGCUUGACUUUGUGCAGUGCAAGAUACGAGACCCCAUGGAGUACCCGCGCAGCGAGAUCGACCUGCACACCGCGACGAGCGACUUCACCGCACGCCUGCACUUUCUCGAGCAGGUGUACGAGACACUGGAGGAGGCGCCCAAGACGGCGGCGGAGGCGCAGUGCUGCCGUCCCGCCCACUCCCCGCCUCCCAAAACUCCGCGCAGCUACGUGAAGAUUCGCAACGCGAACACCAUCGAAACCCACGGCAUCUCCGGCUACCUACCCAGCCGCAUCAUCUCCUACGUGAUGAACCUCUCGCAGGUGAAGAUCCAGCACCCCAUCUUCUUUGUGCGCCACGGGGAGAGCUGCUACAACCUAGAAAACCGCAUCGGCGGCAACCCGCUGCUGACGGAGCAGGGCAUGCGCGACGCCGGGGCCCUGCUAGAGUUCCUGGCGUCGUUAAAGCACCAACUGCAGCACAUCGAUCAAACGCAGAGGGCGCAGGCCACGCCGCGCGAUGAGAACUCGCAUGCGCACGGCAAGAGCAACGACGACGACGACACCGACGCGCCGACGGUGCGCCGGUCCGCGGCAGCUGGCGGUGGGACCAACACCGCCAACACGCUGGAGAUGUGGACGAGCCAACUGCGGCGUGCCAUUCAAACGGCCGAGCUGAGCGAGCGCUUGUUGAACAUACGCACGCUGCGCUGGAGUAGCCUGAACGAGAUCCACGCCGGCGUGUGCGAGGACAUGACCUACGACGAGGUCAUCCAGCGCUACCCCCUCAUUGACUACUUCCGCAAGCGCAACAAGUACACCUUCCGCUACCCGGAGGGGGAGAGUUAUCAGGAUUUGGUGGUGCGACUGGAGCCGGUGAUUAUGGAGCUGGAGAACGCCGACAAGGUGGUGGUCGUCGUGGCGCAUCAAGCGGUGCUGCGGUGCCUGCUCGCCUACUUUGGCAGCACCUCGGCAGAGAGUAGCAUCAGCGUCGAGGUCCCGCAUCGCACGGUGUGGCGGUGCACGUACGACUCGAAGGGCAUCGCCAGCUUGGAUGAGCUGAAGUUGGACAACUACGAGGCGGGCUUUCAGCUGCGGAAGCCGGGGCGGGCACCAACCCCAGGGGCUGCGGCGGCCUCCAUCGAAACCGCCAGCGAGGCCUCUGCCGUGUCUCCGCCACCCGACGCGGGCGAAAAGCGUUGA